AUGACCCAAUACGACCAACCCAUAAUCGAUAUAACAAACUACAUCUACACGCCCCUCCACCCCUCUUCACCUGCCCUCUCCGCAGCCCGAACCGCCCUCCUCGACGCCUUAGGCUGCACCAUCCAAACCGUCUCCAGCAGUGCAGAAGCCCGUAAACUCAUUGGUCCCGUCGUCAAUAGUACACAUGUACCUGAUGGAUUCAGGUUACCCGGGACGGGGUACCGCUUGGAUCCAGUGAAGGGGGCGUUUGAUAUGGGUGUGUUGAUUAGGUAUUUGGAUUAUAAUGAUGCAUUGUGGGGGAGGGAGUGGGGGCAUCCUUCUGAUAACAUCGGCGCCAUACUAUCCGUAUCGGACUGGCUCAGCCGAACCACCAAAGACAACAAACACACCGGACCCCCUCUAACCAUCCAAACCCUCCUAAUCGCAAUAACAAAAGCCUACGAAAUCCAAGGCCUUCACCAACUCCACAACGCCUUCAACGCCUACGGCAUUGACCAUGUCAUCCUCGUCAAACUCGCCUCCGCAGCUGUAACGGCCUGGCUCCUCGGUCUCUCGCAGACACAGGCGAUGGCUGCAAUUUCGCACGUGUGGAUGGACGGGCAUCCGAGUCGGGUAUAUCGUUCUGGGUCUAAUACGAUACCAAGGAAAGGCUGGGCGGCUGGAGAUGCGUGCAUGCGGGCUGUGCAUCUUGCGUUGCUUGUGAGGGCGGGACAGGUUGGUGCGGGAGAGGCGUUGAGUGCGGUUCCGUAUGGGUUUUUGGAGAGGACCUUCGGUACGAAGGGAUUUGUGAUGCCGCAAGCAUUUGGGGAUUGGGCUGUGCAGAAUGUUUUGUUCAAAGUUAUGCCUGUUGAGGGACAUGGGAUUGCUGCUGUGGAGGCGGCGUUGGUGCAGGGGUCACGGAUGAGGGAGAGUGGGAUGAGGGUUGAGGAGGAUAUUAUGAGGGUUAAGGUGAGGGCUACUGCUGCGGCGGACUUGAUUAUCAAUAAGAAAGGCGUGCUGAGGAAUGCGGCGGAUCGGGAUCAUUGUAUUCAGUAUGUUAUUGCGGUUGCGUUGUUGAAGGGGCAUGCGCCGGAGGUGGGGGAUUAUGCGGAUGGGAGUUAUUGGGCGCAGAGUGUAGCGGUGGAUUCUAUGCGCGAGAGGAUUGAGGUUACGGCGGAUGAGGGGCUUACGAAGGAUUAUCUGGAUUUGGAGAAGAGGAGCAUUGGAGCUGGGUUGACCGUGUAUUUGAGAGAUGGGAGAGUUUUGGAUGAGGUGUUGGUGGAGUAUCCGAUUGGGCAUGUGAAAAAUCCGGCGACGGGUGAUGCUGUUAGGGAGAAAUUUGGAAGGAACAUGAGGGUUAUGUUUUCGGAUACGGAGAUUGCGAGGAUUGUUGAGGCUGUUCAGGUGGAUGAUUUGAGGAUUUCGGAUUUUGUUGAUUUGUUUGCGAGAGAUGCGCCGGAGUCAAGGUUAUAG